AUGGGGAAGAAGAAGAUGAAGCUCGCUUCUCUGUUCAGAGGCGGAGCCGGAGGAUUACUGGCGGUUCCUCUCUGCUACAAUGCGAAAACGCUUUCGUUCCGAGUCGGCGACGACAUGAUCAAGACGGUUAACUCGGUCUUCUUCGACCACAGCCACCACAAUGGAGACGUAUUGGAGGCCGAAACGCCUGAGUCAUGGUUCACUAACUCGUCCGAGACGGCGAGUCACUCAACCGAGUCGGAUCAAGACCUCGACGCCGAAUCGCUAGAGAUGGUGGUGAGAGGAGUCGUUAGAUCGGACCGGUUAUUCUUCGAUCCGGGAGUCACGAGCUCGAUCGUGGAGGAGGUUGGCGAGAAAUCGAAACCGGGUCGCGAAUCGAAGUCGAAGGCUGCGGUUUCGGUGGGAGAGGAUCGGGAUUGUAUCUAUACGCCGCCGAUUGAGGAGAUCAGUGUCGCGGUGGCGAUGGAAUCGGAAGAUCCGUACGGAGAUUUCCGGCUAUCGAUGGAGGAGAUGGUGAGGAGUCACAGUGAGUUGGCUAAGGAUUGGCAGAGCUUGGAAUCGAUGCUUGCAUGGUACUUGAGGAUGAACGGGAGGAGGAGCCACGGCGUAAUCGUGAGCGCGUUCGUCGAUCUCCUCUCCGGACUCUCCGAUUCCGGCGCCGGAACCUCGUCGGCGUCGAUAUCGGAUUCGGCUCGUUACUCAACAGCCGUGUCGUCUUUGCCGUCGUCGCCGUUAAAUUCAUCAUCGCAAGGUCAGACGGAGAUCGAAGAGGAAGAGAGACGGAGCUGUUAA